GAUGUAGGGGCAAGUGUAGCCCAAAUCAAUCAUAGGCACUAUUGACCCAAUUUGGCAAAUGUCAUUAUUGACCAUAUAAGUAAGAGAAUAAGUAUCGUGUUCAUUAUCAUAUGGCAAUUAGAAUAGAUAUAUAUCUUCAUAGUAAGAAUAUAAUUCAUCAUAAUAUUCGAAAGUACUCUCAUCUACUGAGUAAGAGGGAUUAGCAUAUGAUUAUAUGAAAUGGACUAAGCGAUUACUAAAAGCAAGUUGAGCCAGUCCUAGG